CUUUUGAAUAUAAAAGGAAACCAAACCGGCAGAAAUUCGCCGAGUUUUUAUAGCGUGAUCCUCAGAUGAGGCUUUCUGUAAUGCCUUGCUCUGCGUCAAAGGCCACUGCCUUGGGAGGGACCGAUACGCAAGAACAACUUGCUGUUAAGGAAACUUCCAUGCGGGCACGGCCGAGUGCGAGAGGGAGAUAAAGGGAGAAAUAAUGUCACGUUACCGAGGGCAGGCUGGCAUUCCGACAAAAGGGGGUUAUGUAUGAAAAGGAUAUUGUACAGGUCAUCUGUCUAAAAAGCCCAGCCUGACUUAAAAAUCCCCUCCGCCAUUGUUCUGUAAUGAAAAUACUUGUUUUAAAGGUAGCUUUCAAUGUAACUUGCAGCACCUGGUGCCUGUGCUGCUCCCUCGCCCUUCCCUAAGCGAGCCUUUUGACGUGUUUCCAAGGAAAGUAGGAAUAAUGAGCCUGGUAUCCUGUGUUUCAUUUUUAAAACCCGUUUUAAAAUACAGAAUUUUUCAUCCCUCAAAGGAAGGUUUCUGUUCUCCGUGGCAGUGCCGAGGCUUCUGCCUCCCCAGCUGUGAUAUGUGUUAAGACAAAAAGGGAAGCGUGCUCCGUGCCAGGGGCAGGAAGUGCCUGGAGUCCCCCUGCUCCCAGAUGCCAGGGAUAAUCAUCCUGCCACCACUGAGGAUCAGUUCCCAGCUUGGUGCUUGCAGAUUCUGCCACACCACUGAGUCCCUCCCUGAAAUAUGGGCUUUGAACAGCUGCAGCUGAUAAUUUUAAAUAACUUUUUCCUUCUCUGUAUGAACAUAAAGAAAUGUUGUUUGUUGCAGUUGUUUUCUUGCACGUGAGCAAGUGGUAAACUGAAAUACACUGAAGCUUUCCCGAGGAGGAAGGAGGCAAACCCUGCAGGGAAGCAAGAAUGCUGUGUGCAUUGAGCCAUUACUCAGAAAAAGCUGUCUGUUCACAUCCCUCUGCCACCCUCUCUUCAUUUCAAAGACUAACUACUUCCUUCUCCUCCUCUCCCCUAGAAAAAAGGUUUUCUUCCCUAUUUUUUUUUAGUGGCAAGGCAAUGCAAUAGCAAAGGUAUUGAAACCCAGUCUACUGAAUAAUAACUUAAUGAUGUGAGCCCUGUUCUGUUCCUUUUGAAUGGAUGGCUGCUUUGGCAGGAGAGCUGCUGGGAUCUGCUCCCUGCUGGGAGGGAUGGGAGGGUGGAGAAACCUGGAUUGAAGCUGAACAGCAACCAGAGUGGUGUAAAACUGAACUGGGAGACAGGAAUGAGGUCAGCGCUGCAAGACUGUGAAAUGAGGAGAAAUUACAUGCAGUUAAAGCUGAGUUCAGGGACUGACAGUGAGCACUGGUAGGAUGUUUGGAGUUUGGAUGUUUGUAGUUGUCUUUUAACUCCGUUACUGCUCAUAUCUGCCCAAGAAUUGGAGCACCUUGGAAUAGAUGUGAGCACAAGACGCGGCGCUGGCUGGAGCUGCCCGGGAACAACCAUGGCUGCCGCCCCUCACCUCAACUCGGACGCGCUCCGAGAGGUCCUGGAGUGCCCCAUUUGCAUGGAGUCCUUCACUGAGGAGCACCUGAGGCCCAAGCUCCUGCACUGCGGGCACACCAUCUGCAAGCAGUGUCUGGAGAAGCUCCUGGCAAACAGCAUUAAUGGGAUACGGUGCCCGUUCUGCAGCAAGAUCACGCGGAUCACGAGCCUGGCUCAGCUGACGGACAACCUCACUGUGCUCAAGAUCAUCGACACCGCUGGACUGGGGGAGGUGGUGGGCCUCCUCAUGUGCAAGGUCUGCGGGAGGAGGUUGCCGAGGCACUUUUGCAAGAGCUGCAGCUUGGUUUUAUGCGAGCCCUGCAAGGAGGCUUCGCACCUGCCCCAAGGGCACAGAGUCACUGCUAUCAAAGAGGCUGCUGAAGAGCGCAGGAGGGAAUUUGGGACGAGGCUUGCCAGGCUAAGGGAGCUCAUGGGUGAUCUUCAGAAGAGAAAAGCUGCUCUGGAGGGUGUUUCCAGAGACCUGCAAUCCAGGUACAAAGCGGUGCUGCAGGAGUACAGCAAAGAGGAGCGCAAGAUCCAGGAGGAACUGGCCAGGUCACGCAAGUUCUUCACCACCUCUUUGUCUGAAGUGGAGAAGGUAAAUAACCAGGUAAUGGAGGAGCAAGCCUACCUGCUGAACUUAGCAGAAGUGCAGAUAAUGUCCCGCUGUGACUACUUCCUUGCCAAAAUAAAGCAGGGGGAUAUAGCUCUCCUGGAGGAGGCGGCAGACGAGGAGGAACCAGAGCUGACAAACAGUCUCCCAAGGGAGCUGACUCUGCAAGAGGUGGAACUCCUGAAGGUGAGCCACGUGGGACCACUGCAGAUCGGGCAGGUGGUGAAGAAGCCUCGAUCCGUUAAUGUGGAGGAAUCGCUCCUGGAAACUGCAGCAUCCUCGUCGGCGUCAUUUAGGGAGCCUGACCCGGUGCAGGAAGAGCCCAGCUGCACACCCCAUUCCUCACCAGCCAAGCCAAGGAUUCCUGAAGCAGCCACGAGCAUCCAGCAGUGUUACUUCAUCAAGAAGAUGGGCUCCAAGGGCAGCCUGCCAGGCAUGUUCAACCUCCCCGUCAGCCUGCACGUCACCACGCAAGGCGAGGUGCUCGUGGCAGACCGGGGCAACUUCCGAAUCCAGGUUUUUACCCGCAAGGGCUUCCUGAAGGAGAUCCGCCGGAGCCCCAGCGGGAUCGACAGCUUCGUGCUGAGUUUCCUCGGGGCAGACUUGCCCAAUUUGACUCCCCUCUCUGUCACCAUGAACUGCCAUGGCCUGAUCGGGGUGACAGACAGCUAUGAUAACUCCGUCAAGGUGUACACCAUGGACGGGCACUGCGUGGCCUGCCACCGGAGCCAGCUGAGCAAGCCCUGGGGCAUCGCCGCGCUGCCCUCGGGGCAGUUCGUGGUGACCGACGUGGAAGGGGGGAAGCUCUGGUGCUUCACGGUGGACCGUGGCGUGGGGGUGGUGAAGUACAGCUGCCUGUGUAGCGCGGUGCGCCCCAAGUUCGUCACCUGCGACGCCGAAGGGACCAUUUACUUCACUCAGGGGCUGGGGCUCAACCUGGAGAACCGGCAGUACGAGCACCAUCUGGAAGGAGGCUUUUCCAUCGGCUCCGUCGGCCCCGACGGGCAGCUGGGGCGGCAGAUCAGCCACUUCUUCUCAGAGAACGAGGACUUCAGGUGCAUUGCUGGGAUGUGUGUCGAUGCCAGGGGAGACCUCAUUGUUGCUGACAGCAGCCGUAAAGAAAUCCUGCAUUUCCCUAAGGGAGGCGGCUACAACAUCCUGAUCCGGGAAGGGCUCACCUGCCCGGUCGGUAUUGCCAUUACUCCCAAAGGGCAGCUCCUGGUGCUGGACUGUUGGGAUCAUUGCAUUAAGAUCUACAGUUACCACCUGAGAAGAUAUUCCACCCCUUAAAGGCAUGGCUGUAAGCAAAGCCUCUCCUGGCAGCAGACAUUCUUCCAGCCUCCCUGCAAUCCGACGGGAACAAGUGUCAAGCCUUCAGGAAGACUGUGCCAUAACCGAAGGGGAUCUGGCAUAGAGGCCAUCAUGUUUUGUGUUUAGAAACAAAGUAGCUUUUGUGGUGGUGGUGGUGGUGGUCUGCUUUUUCUUCUUCUUUUGUUUUAAUAUAAAAUCCAUACAAAUAAGGACAAGCGUGAGGGAAGGGAUCCAUCCUUUGGGAGCAUUGGUUCCUUGCUAAGUGACUGGUCACUCCAUACACCUUCUCACCUCCUUACGCCACAUCUCCUCUCCCAGCUUUUAACCAUUGUGUCUUUCUUUGUGCCAUAAAAGAUGAGUGACUGCUCUAAAUCACCUUUCCUUACAGAACUAGCGAGGCAAUCCUCCUCUCUCUGUGGUUCUCGCAAGGAACUAGGUAGCAGUUGUCUGGGCAACUCCUGGAGAGAGCAAUUUGGGAUUGCAUAAAAUGAAAUAGCCCUCGUCAGCCACACGGAGAUGGAGCUUUACUCCCACCCUGACAAGGGACAGUUGUCUCUCUCCCGUUUUUCUGGUGUUCAGGAGAUCACCCCGUCGUGCCGUUUGUGAGCUGAGUCUGUUCCGUGUGAAGUGAGUACUGUGCAAUCGUGGGAGACCAAGCUGAGCCAGAAAACUGCCCCCUUUAUUACUGAGUAGUAAGAAAACAGGGGUUUUAUCACUACUCAGAGUCCUGCUAGGUAGAAGGGGGUAAAAAGGGAGGGGGUUGAAGGAAAAAAAACCUGAGGGGAAACCUAGGGUUGCUAUUUACUGCUGUUUUAUUAUUAAAUGUAUCCUGGAAACUGUC